AUGCGCGCCCCCCCUGCCCUGCUAAAAUGCCCCUCGCCAACCGCUGCGGCCGGCCCAGCUCCGCCAGCUGGCCCCGGCUCCUCCCAGGGCACCAAGGAAGCCCCCCGCGCCACCCUGGCUGGGCACAAAGGCCUCGCAGCCCUGCGCCCACCAGACCCCAAGGAGUCGCGAGACACAGCUCCCGCUCUGCCCGGCACGGCCACGCCGGCGCCACAAAAUAGGAGCUGCUGGGUGGCCCUAGAGCCAUCGCCAGCCUGCGGCCAGCGGCCACGGGGCGCGCCAGGAGCCUUCCCAAGGAGGACGACCAAGGCCAGGGCGAGCGAGCCCAAAGCCUUUGCCGCAAAGAGCGGGCGCCAAAAAGGGUGUCCCUGGGCGGUCUUGUGUCCCGGCAGGAGCCGGGGCCGCCCCUACAGUCUCCCCUGGCGGUCUUCCGUCCCGGCAGGAGCCGGGGCCGCCCCUAGUCUCCCCUGCGGUCUCCCAUCCCGGUUGGAACCGGGGCCGCUCCUGCUUAGCUUCCCCGGGGGGCCUGUUAAGGGGAGGGUAGCUGCACCGUGGCCCCCGCCAGCUCCGCCCCCCAGCACCGCCUUUAGCUCCGCCUCCUUUCCCGCUCCACCAGCUCCACAAAGGCUCCUGACAACAGGCCGGGCCGCACACUCGCCCUCGCCAAACCCAGCCCGAGCAAAGCCCUCGCACACUCGCCACACCCACCGGGGACCCUGCCACAGCACCUUCCCGGCCUCUCGGCUCCCAGCGCACCACCACGCCUGCCACCCCCCGACCACUGCCCCGGGCACCUUCGGGGCCACCCGCGCCCCAGGCUCACCCUUCACCUUCCCUCGGCACAUCGCGCGGGAAAAGGAAGGCAUUUUUUCCCACGGCCCGCCCCUGGGCACCUCGUGCUGCUGCGUGGCUUCCUCAGCGUCCGUCCGACCGACAAGGGGGCGCCUGCUUUCAUCGCCGGAAAUCCCGCGGGCACCCUCUCCAAUCCGAAGACGCUCACUCGAUUCUUCGGACCGGCCUCCCGUCAAGGGACACGAGCCCCUCUGCUAACCGCGCCUCACCUCUCAGCAUGGCUACAAGCUUUUCCCACCGGGAAAGCUGUGAUUUACGGAUGAAAGACUUCACAACAAAGGGUUGUAAAGCAGCUGCAACUGAGCAGGUGGUCGAUUCGCACUCCUGCCCAAAAUGAUCCCCACCUACACAACCCCUGAAACCAGGGGAGCACCUCACAACCCUCACACUCUUCAGCUGCAAGACCAAACCGCAUUUCCAAACCACCGAGAACACACCAACAGCCACAGGCUCCGUAUCUUCCACAGUCCUGGGCAGAGACACACGGAAAGAAGGAUUCAGUCUCUCCACAGAACACGACUGGAAACACCAACGCCGGCAGCUUUGAAACGGCCUGACAGUUUAGGAGUAGCGCUCGGGGAUAUUAGAAAUGCCCCUCGCCAACCGCUGCGGCCGGCCCAGCUCCGCCAGCUGGCCCCGGCUCCUCCCAGGGCACCAAGGAAGCCCCCCGCGCCACCCUGGCUGGGCACAAAGGCCUCGCAGCCCUGCGCCCACCAGACCCCAAGGAGUCGCGAGACACAGCUCCCGCUCUGCCCGGCACGGCCACGCCGGCGCCACAAAAUAGGAGCUGCUGGGUGGCCCUAGAGCCAUCGCCAGCCUGCGGCCAGCGGCCACGGGGCGCGCCAGGAGCCUUCCCAAGGAGGACGACCAAGGCCAGGGCGAGCGAGCCCAAAGCCUUUGCCGCAAAGAGCGGGCGCCAAAAAGGGUGUCCCUGGGCGGUCUUGUGUCCCGGCAGGAGCCGGGGCCGCCCCUACAGUCUCCCCUGGCGGUCUUCCGUCCCGGCAGGAGCCGGGGCCGCCCCUAGUCUCCCCUGCGGUCUCCCAUCCCGGUUGGAACCGGGGCCGCUCCUGCUUAGCUUCCCCGGGGGGCCUGUUAAGGGGAGGGUAGCUGCACCGUGGCCCCCGCCAGCUCCGCCCCCCAGCACCGCCUUUAGCUCCGCCUCCUUUCCCGCUCCACCAGCUCCACAAAGGCUCCUGACAACAGGCCGGGCCGCACACUCGCCCUCGCCAAACCCAGCCCGAGCAAAGCCCUCGCACACUCGCCACACCCACCGGGGACCCUGCCACAGCACCUUCCCGGCCUCUCGGCUCCCAGCGCACCACCACGCCUGCCACCCCCCGACCACUGCCCCGGGCACCUUCGGGGCCACCCGCGCCCCAGGCUCACCCUUCACCUUCCCUCGGCACAUCGCGCGGGAAAAGGAAGGCAUUUUUUCCCACGGCCCGCCCCUGGGCACCUCGUGCUGCUGCGUGGCUUCCUCAGCGUCCGUCCGACCGACAAGGGGGCGCCUGCUUUCAUCGCCGGAAAUCCCGCGGGCACCCUCUCCAAUCCGAAGACGCUCACUCGAUUCUUCGGACCGGCCUCCCGUCAAGGGACACGAGCCCCUCUGCUAACCGCGCCUCACCUCUCAGCAUGGCUACAAGCUUUUCCCACCGGGAAAGCUGUGAUUUACGGAUGAAAGACUUCACAACAAAGGGUUGUAAAGCAGCUGCAACUGAGCAGGUGGUCGAUUCGCACUCCUGCCCAAAAUCAUCCCCACCUACACAACCCCUGAAACCAGGGGAGCACCUCACAACCCUCACACUCUUCAGCUGCAAGACCAAACCGCAUUUCCAAACCACCGAGAACACACCAACAGCCACAGGCUCCGUAUCUUCCACAGUCCUGGGCAGAGACACACGGAAAGAAGGAUUCAGUCUCUCCACAGAACACGACUGGAAACACCAACGCCGGCAGCUUUGAAACGGCCUGACAGUUUAGGAGUAGCGCUCGGGGAUAUUAGAAAUGCCCCUCGCCAACCGCUGCGGCCGGCCCAGCUCCGCCAGCUGGCCCCGGCUCCUCCCAGGGCACCAAGGAAGCCCCCCGCGCCACCCUGGCUGGGCACAAAGGCCUCGCAGCCCUGCGCCCACCAGACCCCAAGGAGUCGCGAGACACAGCUCCCGCUCUGCCCGGCACGGCCACGCCGGCGCCACAAAAUAGGAGCUGCUGGGUGGCCCUAGAGCCAUCGCCAGCCUGCGGCCAGCGGCCACGGGGCGCGCCAGGAGCCUUCCCAAGGAGGACGACCAAGGCCAGGGCGAGCGAGCCCAAAGCCUUUGCCGCAAAGAGCGGGCGCCAAAAAGGGUGUCCCUGGGCGGUCUUGUGUCCCGGCAGGAGCCGGGGCCGCCCCUACAGUCUCCCCUGGCGGUCUUCCGUCCCGGCAGGAGCCGGGGCCGCCCCUAGUCUCCCCUGCGGUCUCCCAUCCCGGUUGGAACCGGGGCCGCUCCUGCUUAGCUUCCCCGGGGGGCCUGUUAAGGGGAGGGUAGCUGCACCGUGGCCCCCGCCAGCUCCGCCCCCCAGCACCGCCUUUAGCUCCGCCUCCUUUCCCGCUCCACCAGCUCCACAAAGGCUCCUGACAACAGGCCGGGCCGCACACUCGCCCUCGCCAAACCCAGCCCGAGCAAAGCCCUCGCACACUCGCCACACCCACCGGGGACCCUGCCACAGCACCUUCCCGGCCUCUCGGCUCCCAGCGCACCACCACGCCUGCCACCCCCCGACCACUGCCCCGGGCACCUUCGGGGCCACCCGCGCCCCAGGCUCACCCUUCACCUUCCCUCGGCACAUCGCGCGGGAAAAGGAAGGCAUUUUUUCCCACGGCCCGCCCCUGGGCACCUCGUGCUGCUGCGUGGCUUCCUCAGCGUCCGUCCGACCGACAAGGGGGCGCCUGCUUUCAUCGCCGGAAAUCCCGCGGGCACCCUCUCCAAUCCGAAGACGCUCACUCGAUUCUUCGGACCGGCCUCCCGUCAAGGGACACGAGCCCCUCUGCUAACCGCGCCUCACCUCUCAGCAUGGCUACAAGCUUUUCCCACCGGGAAAGCUGUGAUUUACGGAUGAAAGACUUCACAACAAAGGGUUGUAAAGCAGCUGCAACUGAGCAGGUGGUCGAUUCGCACUCCUGCCCAAAAUCAUCCCCACCUACACAACCCCUGAAACCAGGGGAGCACCUCACAACCCUCACACUCUUCAGCUGCAAGACCAAACCGCAUUUCCAAACCACCGAGAACACACCAACAGCCACAGGCUCCGUAUCUUCCACAGUCCUGGGCAGAGACACACGGAAAGAAGGAUUCAGUCUCUCCACAGAACACGACUGGAAACACCAACGCCGGCAGCUUUGAAACGGCCUGACAGUUUAGGAGUAGCGCUCGGGGAUAUUAGAAAUGCCCCUCGCCAACCGCUGCGGCCGGCCCAGCUCCGCCAGCUGGCCCCGGCUCCUCCCAGGGCACCAAGGAAGCCCCCCGCGCCACCCUGGCUGGGCACAAAGGCCUCGCAGCCCUGCGCCCACCAGACCCCAAGGAGUCGCGAGACACAGCUCCCGCUCUGCCCGGCACGGCCACGCCGGCGCCACAAAAUAGGAGCUGCUGGGUGGCCCUAGAGCCAUCGCCAGCCUGCGGCCAGCGGCCACGGGGCGCGCCAGGAGCCUUCCCAAGGAGGACGACCAAGGCCAGGGCGAGCGAGCCCAAAGCCUUUGCCGCAAAGAGCGGGCGCCAAAAAGGGUGUCCCUGGGCGGUCUUGUGUCCCGGCAGGAGCCGGGGCCGCCCCUACAGUCUCCCCUGGCGGUCUUCCGUCCCGGCAGGAGCCGGGGCCGCCCCUAGUCUCCCCUGCGGUCUCCCAUCCCGGUUGGAACCGGGGCCGCUCCUGCUUAGCUUCCCCGGGGGGCCUGUUAAGGGGAGGGUAGCUGCACCGUGGCCCCCGCCAGCUCCGCCCCCCAGCACCGCCUUUAGCUCCGCCUCCUUUCCCGCUCCACCAGCUCCACAAAGGCUCCUGACAACAGGCCGGGCCGCACACUCGCCCUCGCCAAACCCAGCCCGAGCAAAGCCCUCGCACACUCGCCACACCCACCGGGGACCCUGCCACAGCACCUUCCCGGCCUCUCGGCUCCCAGCGCACCACCACGCCUGCCACCCCCCGACCACUGCCCCGGGCACCUUCGGGGCCACCCGCGCCCCAGGCUCACCCUUCACCUUCCCUCGGCACAUCGCGCGGGAAAAGGAAGGCAUUUUUUCCCACGGCCCGCCCCUGGGCACCUCGUGCUGCUGCGUGGCUUCCUCAGCGUCCGUCCGACCGACAAGGGGGCGCCUGCUUUCAUCGCCGGAAAUCCCGCGGGCACCCUCUCCAAUCCGAAGACGCUCACUCGAUUCUUCGGACCGGCCUCCCGUCAAGGGACACGAGCCCCUCUGCUAACCGCGCCUCACCUCUCAGCAUGGCUACAAGCUUUUCCCACCGGGAAAGCUGUGAUUUACGGAUGAAAGACUUCACAACAAAGGGUUGUAAAGCAGGUAUGUUUAUUCGGCGCCGGGCACGUGGGGGAUGGCUCCGCCACAACAAGCAUGCGCGCCCCCCUGC